AUGCCUGGAAAGCCCCAACCAAUGCGAGAUAGUUCCCUGCGCGCACGUCUAUACAAUGAGCCGAUACAGUUAUCAGAAUUACCGCAAAUAGACGUCGCAAAAGUGCGUACGGAACUUGGAAAGUUAAGGCCAGGACCUCUACCAGGUUUUGACGCAACAAAGUACGGUCUGGAAGAAGUGGGUGGUGAUGAUGACUCGAUGGCGGACACUCCACAAUCAUCCCAAACAUAA